CGGAAACGCUGUCACAGGAUAGUAACGCACGUGUGGACUGUGGAGCUGCAGAAGAACGUGAGUACCGAGCGCGUGCAGCCGGAGCAGACGGUAACACGCGGCGGACAUCUUUUCCGCAGCGGUGGAGCCAGAGCAGCACGCUGAAGUGACCGAGGAGAAGGAGAGCGCCACGGACGAGGACGAAUAGAGUUGUCGGUGUCUGUCCCUGGGCCUCUGUGUGUGCGCACGCGCGUGUGGGUUGCCAUCGCAGCUGGUUGAGUUGGUUCCAUCAGUAACCGGGACCGAACAGAGGACCGGGCGGCGGACGUCAUGGCGGACUACUUGAUCAGCGGGCAGACCGGUUACGUCCCCGAAGACGGUUUAGCGGGACAGCAGCUGUUCAACGGGGGAGACGGACUCACGUACAACGACUUUCUGAUCCUGCCAGGUUACAUCGACUUCUCAUCAGAUCAAGUGGACCUGACAUCAGCACUCACCAAACAAAUCACCAUGAAGACCCCCUUUGUCUCCUCUCCUAUGGACACUGUCACAGAGGCCGACAUGGCCAUUGCUAUGGCACUAACAGGUGGUAUCGGUUUCAUCCACCAUAACUGCACUCCAGAAUUUCAGGCGAAUGAAGUUCGCAAAGUGAAGCGUUAUGAGCAGGGCUUCAUCACAGACCCUGUGGUGAUGAGCCCCAACGAGAGCGUACAGGAUGUCUUCCAGGCCAAGGCUCGCCAUGGCUUCUGCGGCAUUCCUAUCACAGACAACGGCAAAAUGGGCGGCAAGCUGGUGGGCAUCAUUUCUUCCAGAGACAUCGACUUCCUGAAGGAGGACGACCGCCUCCUGCCGCUCAGCCAGGUGAUGACAAAGCUGGAGGAUCUAGUGGUCGCCCCUGCUGGAGUGACGUUGAAAGAAGCCAAUGAAAUCCUCCAGAGAAGUAAGAAAGGUAAAUUGCCUAUAGUGAAUGAAGAGGGAUCCUUGGUGUCCAUCAUCGCUCGCACAGACUUGAAGAAGAACAGAGACUUCCCUCUGGCCUCCAAAGAUUCCCGUAAACAGCUGCUGUGUGGUGCAGCCAUUGGUACCCACAACGAUGACAAGUACCGACUGGAUCUGCUGGUGCAAAGCGGCGUGGACGUGGUCGUACUGGACUCCUCUCAGGGCAACUCGAUCUACCAGAUAAACAUGAUCAAAUGUAUCAAAGAAAAGUACCCCCACCUACAGGUCAUCGGAGGCAAUGUGGUGACUGCAGCUCAGGCGAAGAACCUCAUCGAUGCAGGAGUAGAUGCGCUCAGAGUGGGGAUGGGCAGCGGCUCAAUCUGCAUCACACAGGAAGCUCCCCCCAGUGUACCACCAGCAAUAAAGCUCCACAGCCCCAAAACCCCAACCACUGUUACGGGAUACAGUGUGCUGGCAUGCGGCAGACCCCAGGCCACAGCUGUCUAUAAGGUAUCGGAGUACGCACGUCGUUUCGGUGUGCCCGUCAUAGCUGACGGCGGCAUCCAGACUGUUGGGCACAUUGCCAAAGCUCUGGCACUGGGAGCAUCUACAGUGAUGAUGGGCUCUCUGCUUGCCGCCACUAGUGAAGCUCCUGGUGAAUAUUUCUUCUCUGACGGCAUCAGACUGAAGAAGUACCGCGGAAUGGGCUCUUUGGAUGCCAUGGACAAAAACCUGGGCUCCCAGACCAGAUACUUCAGUGAGAGCGAUAAGAUCAAAGUUGCUCAGGGUGUUUCUGGAGCGGUGCAGGACAAAGGCUCCAUCAACAAGUUUGUUCCCUACCUGCUGGCCGGCAUUCAGCACUCCUGUCAGGACAUCGGUUCAAAGAGCCUCACACAGCUCAGAGCCAUGAUGUACUCAGGAGAUCUGAAAUUUGAAAGGAGAACAUCAUCAGCUCAGAUGGAGGGUGGAGUCCACAGCAUGCACAGCUACGAGAAGCGUCUGUUUUGAGGACGUUUAGCCCGAAGAUGAGGAAUCCUUCCAAAAGACAUUAUGCAAUCACACUACUUGCCAGACCCUCUCGUUUCAUACUCUACACAUGCAGACUAACUUUUCAUACAAAUGCGUCUCUAAAGAUCAGUUGUCACACACACACUCUUCCAAGGAUCAUCGGUCUUCCUGCCAGUGCCAUCUAUGCAUCGUCUGUGUUUUUAUCCGUUUGUGUGUGAAGGAGGGAACUAAGCAUUUCUAUGUAUUUAUCAGUACAUGUGCGAUUGAAUCCUCCAAUGCCUUCAUGUCUCCAGUUUACUGCUGUGAUCAUUCUAAGGCAAAAAAGUUGUCCAAUAAUAAUAAAGCUCUUGUUUUUUCCACAA